AUGGAUGGCGCCAGGCAGGACGCGGGCGCGGAGGUGGUGGAGGUGGCGGUGCCGGCGGGAUGCGCAUUGAGCUUCGAGUGGGGCCGGGGCGCGGAGAUCAAGACGGCCGCGCUGUCGUCGGCCGCGGCGGCGUUCGGCGGCGGGGGCGCCACGGCGACGGCCACGGUCAGCUGGGGUGCUCCAGAUGAGGACUGCCGAAAGUCCCUUGUAUCCUUGUCACAGCUGUACACUAAACUGAAGAGGAGCCUGCAGCCUGGAAUGGGGAGGCCCUCUGGAAAAGACAUCGACAGAUUCGUUGAAGAAUGCAUCCGGUAUGCCAGGGCACACCUUGACUCCAGCGCCCCCGAGCAACCUGGCGGGCACGACGAUGCUCGGACGGAGGUGGCAGCCUUGGAGCUCAUGGAGGUCAUCUUCACAACGUUUCACAGGCGAAAAGGCUUCUUUCCAUAUGCCUUGGUUGCAUGGUACACGCGACACUGUCGGCUCUUUGGUGGCAAGCCGCCAGGACUUCUGUCGAACGGCGACGUGAAGGGGACCCGAAGCAAGGGAGGCAACAGCGACGAGGAGGAUCGCGAAUUUUGGACGAGGUUUCUGCGGCUGGUGGCCCUGGGCCUGUGGACCCAGGCGAGGCAGCUGCUGUGUAGCCACCCGGCGUGGGAGACACAGGAUGCUGAGGACGCUGCCCUCACCAUCGUGAACAACAUCAUGCUGAGGCGGCCGUUCAUGUCGGGUUGCUCCCUGCUGGCGGGCGACUCGCUGUCCUUCGAGGUGGAGGGCUUGGAGGCGCUGGAGGCAGAACAUGGCAGGUGGCUGGGUGUGGUGGAGGAGGCGCUAAGAAACAAUCUGCCAGCCUGGCGCCACCAGCUGCCCGAUGUGUCGCUGUACUUGGAGCUCUUCCUCGAGCUCGUGUCAGGAAAGGACCACGCACUGAGGAGCUGCACUGACAGCUGGCACCAAUAUGUGGUGGCGAGCCUGCUGCAUCGAUACCCCUUCUUCGAUGCGGAUGGGCUGUGUGGUGUUGUGGACGCGUCGCAGAUCAUGAUGAAGGGCGGGGCGGCACGUUGGGAGUCGGAGACGUUUCUGGAAGAAUUCAUGAGGUGCGUGGGUGCCAACGAGGGCACAGCCGCCCUGAUGGCUGUCCUGUCCCCCAGAGCCCCCUUGGGCCCCUGGUGCCGUGUCCACCUGGGCACCCUGCUGGAGGCCCUCAUGGGCUGCAGGUGGGAGGCGGUGGAGGAUGCCCUGGGGCUGAGUGCGGCAGAGCAUGCCUGCCUGGAGUUCGCAUCCGGGCUGUGCCCGUCGACGGUGGCAGACCGCACAGCGAUGGUGUACCUGACGGAGUGCCCGGUCACAGGGAUGCGGGGCGCGGAGAGGGUCAUGGACUCAGCGAUGGUGAAGAUCGGCGACCCCGACAUCCCCACUGCUGUCAGCAUCUGCGAUCGGCUCGGCCUGGCCUGGAGCCGCCGCAACCUGUGCGCCUCGCUGGGCAUCAAGCAGCUGUGCGAGGGUCUGUAUGGCAGCGGCCUCCGGUGGCUUCUGGCGGGCGGCAACCGGCGGCUCGUGGAGUGGUUCAUGGACGGUGUAGCGGGGGAGGUGCAGGAGGUGCUGCGGGAGGGCGCCAAGCACUUUGACGUCGCCCUGGACCCCAUCCCCGAGCUCCUGACCCUCUCGCCUGCCUUCGAGGCCAUGGCUGCCGCCUUCCCCUCCCUCCCCCCCCUUGCCUUCCUCCACCGCUACGCCAAGUUCCAGGCCGCCCUCUCCGCCCUCUCCCACGCCCUGGCUGGGCCCCAGGCGCCCAACACUCUCGGUCCCCAAGGCCCGACCACACACGGGCAACAAGGUCCCAACACGAAUGGGACCCAGGGGCCCGACAUGGAAUCUCUGCGCGCCGCAGCCAAAUCGGCGAUCCUGGGAAUGUUGGAGCCGGGUGCGUGUCCCGAAGAUCUGCGGCUGGCGGUGCUGCACCGCGCAGUGCCGCUGCUGGAGGGCGACUGCGGCGUCUUCGGCGGGCAGGACGUCUGGGCGCUGCUGCGGGCAGUGCCGCGUGGGCCGGAGGGCCCGGGCGGCGCGCGCCUGCGGCGCGUGCUGCUGGGCUCCGUGGCCAGGAUGCACGCCGACGACAUGGGGGUGGCCGCGGCGAGGUAG